UUGGGUUGUCAGUUUGGGAUACCUGAAUUCAUCCCAGAACAGCUCUGUACUAGGCACUGAAUGAGGCAAGGGACUUGUGGGGGGAAAAAAAGAGUAUGUGAUCAUGUAACUAAUUACUGUACCAUAAGGAAUAUGCACAAAUAGGCUGAAUGAAGGUUGCAAAAGCAAUCUUAAUUCUGGAAUUUCCAUACUUUUGAGUGAAUGACUUUAUAGCUUUAAUAAUGUUCUUUUAAUUUAUGUGUAUUCAGAGGCGUAUGCAUGUUUGUUUGUGAUUUUCUUGGUUUUAAAAAACAAAAACUGAAAAAAUCCCGAUAUUGCAUCAUGUGGCCUCAUACGGACACCUGCAUGAGUCAUCAGCAGGUUGAAAUCUACAGGUUACGUUGCCCCUUGGAGCUAGAGAUCUGAUUCCCAGCUUGCGCAGAUGCGCUUGCUACACUACACUCCCAUAUUCUUCAUAGAGAUGGUAUGAUAAUGAUGUAAUUGUGAUGCAUUUUUUAUAAGUCAUGUGAGAUAAUUGAAAAGGUUAGGGUUUCCUGAAUAUGAUUAUCCUAUUUGUGUGCAUGAAUCAUUUUUGUAUCUGACAUUAGGAAUAUGGUCUAUGCGUCUAUUAGAAAUGUGUUUAUACCUGGGGAACGCCCACUAGAUAGAAUGCAGUCUGUCUGGAUGUCUGAGUGUGAAGGGUCAUUAAGGAGAACUAAAGGUCUUAAAAGAUGCUAAUUUCCUAAUGGGGGAGCUUUCCUGAGGUCCUUAUGGACAGCUUCUCAGUCAUAACUGCUAUGGCCCUACAGGGACAUGCGCCCAAGUCACCUGGUACUGGACUCUGUUAUGGAAUAGCAGUGUUUCUCCACUGAAAGGCAUCUGAACUGGAAGACAAUGGAUUCCUGCCAUAUACGAAAGCAACUGAAGGCAGGGAAAUGACAUCAUCAUGAUUUGUUCUUCACUGAUUCCCCGCCCAAGAUGACUGGUAUAAACAUCUGAAGAACAAGGACUAGACUGCACAGAGAAGAACUGAACCCAUGCUUGAGGAAUUUAUAGCCUGUGAAAGGAACACCUGGGAUUUUAUGUGGCAAGCAAGUGCAUCUUCCCCACUAAAAUCUCCGCAAACUGCCUAAAACAACAUUUAUGGGGCAAAAUUAAGAAGCUGCUUUGACUACGAAGAGAACUUGACUCAGUUUCCUACCUCUUCUUGAAACAGAAGAUGACCAAUAAAAGUGAAUUCUAUACGUCAGGGUGGGAAUCUGUGACCAACUCAACAUGGCUGAUUUACAUAUUAAAAGACUGGAUUGGUCAGGAUUACCACUAUCCAGAUUAUAUGGGCACUUUCUUGGGGGUGACAGUCACCAUACUUUUUUCACCUCUUUUACCUUGGUUCAUCGUUUGCCUUUUUUGUAAUCUUUGCCUUCACAUUUACAAGAGAAUGAAUGGCCUAGAGGAUGAUUUUUCCAGUAAAUUAUGGGAUAAUGGAAAGCUCAUGAUGUCACACAUAAUUCAUAUGUAUGGAAAGCUAUGGCACGGUUAUGAAGUUCAUGGUAUAGAAAAAAUACCGGAAGGACCGGGGCUUAUUGUGUUUUAUCAUGGAGCCAGUGCUGUAGACUACCACUUCUUUGUCUGUAAUUUCUAUAUACAGACAAAAAGAGUCUGCUAUUCAGUAGUUCAUAACACCUUGCCCUCGAUACCAGGCAUACAAAUGUUUCUUAAAUUGCUUCCUGCAGUAUAUGGGGGGAGAGAAGAAUGUGUAGAAAUUCUGAAGAAAGGCAACUUAUUGGGUGUUGCACCAGGUGGAGCUCAAGAAUCUUUCUUUAGUAGUGAAAGCUACAACCUCUUGUGGGGUAAUCGCAAAGGUUUUGCUCAAGUGGCCAUAGAUGCAAAAGUGCCCAUCAUCCCUUUGUUUACUCAGAAUAUUCGGGAAGGAUAUAGAACACUUGGAAACAUGUGGUUUAUUAAAUGGUUAAAUAAACGUUUUCAAUUAUCAUUUGUCCCUGGAUAUGGAGGGUUUCCAGUCAAACUUCGCACGUAUAUUGGAGACCCUAUUCCCUAUGAUCCAAAUAUAGCAGCUACGGAACUAGUUGAAAAGACAAAGAUUGCUAUCGAAAGACUAAGAGAUACACACCAAAAACUACCUGGAAAUAUAUUAAGGGCUCUAUUGGAACGAUUUGAUAAACAUCAGAAAGCUGCCUAGUUUGUUUACAUAUAUGUUUAAAAUGUUACCUUGUUGUAAAAGUAUUAAAAACUACAUGUUGGACCUGACUGGUCCUGCACCCCGGGGACCUGACUGGUCCUGAAUGAGGGAUUUCACCAGACCACAGGAGAUCCAUUUUUGUUCCCCCAGCCCAGCUCCUCCUGGCCUGGCUGCUGGCCUCCCUGUUCACUCCCCACUGCC